UUCCAGCGUGGGUAGCUGAGGUUUUGGCGGCGGGCUGUGGUUUAGGAUCCUGCUGCAGCGAAAGGUGGCAGGGGAGGAGAUAGGCGCAGAAAACCGGCUUGCCGCGGGAGAGCAUAGCGCUCUAGAGGGGCCGGGGACUUAACUCACGGACUUAUCGGCCGUGCCACCUGCGCUCUUCAUUGUCCUAGAAAAGGCCUGAAGUGGGACUGAAACAAGAGGGCGCAGUUUGCAGGCUGUAAAGUGGGCCUUGCUAAUGAAUCUUAAUAACAAACAGUGCAGACUCUAGGCCAGGCACUGUUCCCAGCUUCACGGUUAAAUCUUGCAACCACGCUGGGAGCUGGGCACUAUUAUUUGCAUGCUUCAGAGGUGGAAACCGCAGAGGUAGAGUCCUCUGAGACAGCUGUGGCUUUGGGAGUCAGUCUGGUUUUAGAGUCGGUGCUCUUCCCACCAUGCUCUGCCGCCUCCCAUUCUCAUUCUCUUUAAUUGUGACUUCAAGCUACUCAGCUUCGUAGGAAAUGGGGAGUGUUUUGUUACUUACAAGGGCUCCUUCAAAUGUAACAGUAGGUAACAGAACCGGCGUGGCGGCCCACUAGAGCUUCCCUUUAGGGCUUGCCAGAUUUAGAAGAGUCUGGAGAGUGGAGUAGUAUCAGGACGUGGAAGCUGGAGAGUGGAAGUGGUAUAAGGACCCUUAGAAGAUCUUCCAAGACCCCAGGUUCGAGUGGUUCCACCUCACUCCAAACCAUACUCAGUUUUACCUGACUUCUGCAUGUUGUCAUCUCGUGUACGCCUGGUCCCCACGGCAGUCCGCCUAGUCCAUUCCCUGAUCCGCGGUUAUUCCCGUUCCUUCAUGGAUCUACAGGCUCUCCUUUCCUCCUUGAAUGACUUUGCAUCCCUCUCAUUUGCUGAGAGUUGGGACAAUGUUGGAUUACUGGUGGAACCAAGCCCACCACACACUGUAAACACGCUCUUCCUAACCAAUGAUUUGACAGAAGAAGUGAUGGAGGAGGCGCUGCAGAAGAAGGCGGAUCUCAUUCUCUCCUACCAUCCGCCCAUUUUCCGCCCUAUGAAGCGCAUCACCUGGAAAACCUGGAAAGAGCGCCUGGUGAUCCGGGCGCUGGAGAACAGAGUCGGGAUCUACUCUCCUCACACGGCCUAUGAUGCUGCUCCCCAGGGAGUCAACAACUGGCUGGCUAAAGGGCUUGGAGUUUGCACCUCCAGACCCAUCCAUGCUUCCAGAGCUCCUGACUACCCCACAGAGGGAACACACAGAGUAGAAUUCAAUGUUACCCACACCCAAGACCUGGACAAAGUCAUUUCUACAGUGAAAGGAAUUGCAGGUGUAUCUGUCACUUCUUUUUCUGCUAGGACUGAUGAUGAAGAACAAACACGGCUCAGUCUGAAUUGUACUCAGCAAGCUUUGAUGGAGGUGGUGGCUUUUCUUUCCCAGAACAGACAAUAUUAUCAGAAGACUGAAAUUCUGUCACUGGAGAAGCCUCUGCUUCUACAUACUGGCAUGGGACGGUUAUGCACACUGGAUGAGUCUGUCUCCUUGGCAACCAUGAUUGAGCAAAUCAAAAGGCACCUGAAACUGUCUCAUGUUCGCCUUGCUCUUGGAGUAGGGAAGACCUUAGAGUCCCCAGUCAAAGUCGUGGCCGUGUGCGCUGGUUCUGGGAGCAGCGUCCUUCAGGGAACAGAGGCCGACCUCUACCUCACAGGUGAGAUGUCCCAUCAUGAUGUUCUGGAUGCCGCUUCCCAAGGAAUAAAUGUGAUCCUCUGUGAACAUAGCAACACUGAACGAGGCUUUCUUUCUGAUCUUCGAGAUAUGCUGGGUGCUUACUUGGAGGAUAAGAUUAAUAUUAUCGUGUCAGAAAUAGACAGGGACCCUCUUCAUGUGGUAUAAUGCAUGCAGGAACAACCAGAUGACACAGUCUACAAAUCGAAUGGCUCCCAACUCAAAUGCAUAACAUGAAUCAGGGGGGUAUCCUUCUGAAAGAACGUCUUAGAAGGUACAUUAUCAUUUCUGGUUUCUUGAUCUGCUUCACCAGAUGUUCUGUAGCUCAGAAGGUAAAAACAAUAAUGUAAUUACCAUUAAAGAACAAUUAUUAUAAAGGACAAAUUAAAGAAUAUAUUGUAUAUAAUAUGUAUUCAUUAUAACCUCUAGGAAAGAUGGAGUAAACCUGUUUACUUAACAUUCUUGGGAAAUAUCAAUAGCUCAAGUAAUCAUCUCCUUAGCUUAAUUAUAGAUGGGAUGUGUCAUUCUAUAUCUCUCUGUC